ACACGGUGACACUCGCACCACGACCGUUCCUCCUUUACAGAGAAAACGAGCUGCACUGAAACAAAAUUCCCCAAGACCGGAGUGAAAACAUUCCCACGUGAUCGAGAAGCAACUCCCUCCCAGCUCUGGGCUGCUCUGAGAGGGUAGGCAGGCUGCCCCGCACACGGUACAGCUUGAAUCCGAGCUCCGCUCCGACACGGCAGCUGUUGUGGAUCAUGACGGGACGAGCGCUGGACGUGAAAUCCGGGGGGUGUCGGAGUUAGGAAGAUUCCGCAGCAGUACAUUUUAUUUAUUUUUAAUUUAUAUUUUUACGACAUACCUUCUUUUCGGAUCAGCCAAAAAAAAAUCAUUAAAAAAAGGAAAAUGCCGGAGCUAAUUAGCGUCGCAGAGUUUGUUAACUUAACGAAUGAGGAUAUCGCCUCUCCGUCUCUCUCCACCUUCCCUUACAAAGUGAGCGACUGCAGGACCACCGUGGCCGCCCUGGAAGAGUCACUGGAAAUGGAUCAGAGUACCCUUCAGAAGAUGAAGAAAAUGGUCAAGGCCAUUCAUUCAACAGGACUUUCUCACGUCGAGAGCAAGGAGCAGUACAUUGAGGUGCUGGAGAACUUGGGCAAUAACCACCUGUCCCAGGACAACAACGAAGUGUCCACCGGCUUCCUCAACCUGGCUGUGUUCACCCGGGAGGUCACGGCACUGCUCAAGAAUCUGAUUCAGAAUCUGAGCAACAUCGUCUCCUUCCCUCUAGAGAACAUCCUGAAGGGAGAGCUGAGAGACGCCAGACAGGAACUGAAGAAACAGAUGGAGAAGAGCUGGAAAGACUAUGACCUGAAAGUUGCGAAGCUGGAGAAGGAGAGGAGAGAGAAGGCCAAGCAGCUGGGCGUUAUAAAGACUGAGGUGUCUCCGGCCGAGAUUGCUGAGGACAUGGAGAAGGAGAGGCGUGUUUUUCAGCUGCAGAUGUGUGAGUAUCUCCUGAAGACACAGGAGCUGAAGGUCAGGCAGGGUCCUGAUCUGCUCCAGAGUCUCAUCAAAUACUUCCAGGCGCAGCUGAAUUUUUUCCAGGAUGGCCUGAAAGCUGCUGAGCACCUCAAUCCUUUCGUAGAGAAGCUGGCGGCCUCUGUUCACACGCUGCGGCAGGCGCAGGACGAGGAGAUGAAGCAGCUGGCCCAGGUCCGGGACUCUCUGAGGGGCUUCCUGCAGGUGGAGGGCAAGGAGGACCACUUGAACAGGAAGAACUCUGGGAAUGGCUACAGCAUUCAUCAGCCUCAGGGGAACAAGCAGUAUGGCACGGAGAAAUCUGGAUUCCUGCUCAAGAAGAGCGACGGGAUCAGGAAGGUGUGGCAGAAGAGGAAAUGUGGAAUCAAAUAUGGCUGCCUGACAAUAUCCCACAGCACGAUCAACAGGCCCCCCGCCAAGCUGAACCUUCUGACCUGCCAGGUUAGGCCCAACCCUGAGGAGAGAAGGACCUUCGACCUUGUGACGCAUAAUAGGACUUACCACUUCCAGGCAGAAGAUGAACAAGAAUGUAUGAUAUGGGUGUCGGUGCUGCAGAACAGCAAGGAAGAGGCCCUCAACGCUGCGUUCAGGGGAGACCAGAGCCAGUUCAAGGACAGCAGCCUGCAGGAGCUGGCGCGGGCCAUCAUCACCGAGGUGCGCCACAUGCCGGGCAACGAGGUGUGCUGCGACUGUGGAGCGCCAGAUCCCACAUGGUUAUCCACCAAUCUUGGGAUCCUAACCUGCAUCGAGUGCUCUGGAAUUCACCGGGAGCUGGGAGUGCACUACUCCAGGAUCCAGUCCCUCACUCUGGACAUGCUCAGCACCUCUGAGCUGCUGCUUGCUGUGAGCAUCGGAAACACAAGGUUUAAUGAUAUCAUGGAGGCAGGAUUACCCAGUGAUUCUGUGAAACCUCUUCCUAACAGUGACAUGAAUGCCAGAAAGGAGUAUAUCGUAGCUAAGUAUGCAGAAAGGCGGUAUGUUCAGAGAAGCGGUGAUGAGGACUCCUACCGGCUGUACGAUGCCAUUAAAAGCAGAGACAUCACCACGCUGCUCCAGAUAUAUGCAGAAGGAGAAGACCUGACCAAACCAGUGACCAUCCCAGAGGGACAGGAUCUUGGCGAGACAGCUCUUCACCUGGCAGUGAGGGUGGCUGAGAAGAGCUCUCUGGCUCUGGUGGACUUUCUCGCACAAAACAGUGGGUGCCUGGAGAAAAAGAUCUCAGAAGGCAACACUGCACUGCAUUACAGCUGCCUGUAUAACAAGACUGAGUGCCUCAAACUGCUGCUGAAAGGAAAGGCAACAUUAAGCACCGUUAACAGCGCCGGGGAGACAGCAUUGGACAUAGCAAAGAGACUUCACCACACACAGUGCGUGGAAUUGCUGGAGCUGGCCCAGGCGGGGAAAUUCAACUCCCAGAUCCACGUGGAAUACAUCUGGGAAACGCAGCAGGAGUACAUGUACGACAGUGAGGAUGAGCUGGAUGAGAGGGUCAGCCCAUUACAGAGGUCUCUGCGCUCCACCAUACCUUCUGGGCCACCUCCGACCCGCUGGAGCUAUACCAACACCAGCAUCUCCAAUAAGACCUACGAGAACAUUGACUUCCUGUGUCGAAGCCCAGCCUCCAACAGCUCCCCCUCUGAGCCCCCACCACUGCCUGCCAAAAGCAUCCAGAGAGUGCGCCGCUCCUCGAACCCCCUCUCGCAGCGCCACAGCCCCCCCGCGCAGGACGGCCAGGCGCCCCGGACGCAAGCCGCCCCCAGGUCCCCCCGCAACGGCGUGCUGCGCAGCCAGAGGCAGACGGUUUUCUGGGAGAGCCAACCCCAGCAUGAUGGCCGCAAGGCAGCAGGAGACCCGGGGUCCAGCCCCACUGGCUCAGAAAACCGGCUGUCUGGGAAGUGUGCGGUCACCUCGACGAGCUGCGCGGAAAGCCAGGAGGAGCUGUACAGCGGCCUGAUGGCAAACCCGCCCGCCUCGCCGCCCAUCCCUGUUCCCGUGCCACGCCCAAGGAGGAACGCCAUGGUAAAGCCGAGGCAGAAGAGGGUCCAAGCCCUGGUGGACUGCAAGCCGGUCAGCACAGAACAGCUGGCAUUUUGCAAGGACGAGGUGAUCGUGGUGACUGGAGUGGAGGACGCACACUGGUGGGUGGGUCACAUCGUUGGAGACACAUCGAGGACAGGAACAUUCCCAGUGAAUUACGUACACAUGUUGCCAGAUUAGCAUUUCCAAGCUCUUCACACCAGAGGGCACCGACAACCACAGACCAGAGUCAGGUGGGGGAGCAGGAAAUGGGACACCAGCUUUUCGACUGCACCAGCAGUCUGGUCAGCAUGGAUGAAUGUAUAAGACCAGAAAAGGAAAGAAAACUGUAUUUUUAGAUUGUGAAUAAGAUUGGACAACCAGCAGUUUGGUUGUUGAUCUCCAUUAGUAUGCAGACGUUUUUUGUGCAUUUUUUAUAAGCUUCAGAAAGUCCAUAUCGCGUCCUCCUGACCUUUUGCCCUGCAGUAGCCUUUGUGUGACGCAAGUUGUGAACUAUGAGAUCUGAUCUCUCAUGCCAGCCUUCCUCUCUGGCAAGAGGAUGUGUGCUGAUGGGAACACUAGAUCUUUGCUUCCCAAAAAAACUCCAACCUGACCCGUGUCUGCACAUCUUCCUACUUCAGUUUGACCUGCCUGCUUGGAAGUGAGAAACAUCACUGCUCGUCAGCCACUUAUCAGCACCCUUGCUUCUCCUAGACAAAUACGACAGUCUUUGCCUGGAUGGACCAAAGAAAGUCUCUGCAGUCUCUGUCCUGCUUGUUGGGAAGUGUAUGUUUUCAGUUGACAAGACAAACGUGAAUAAGACCCUGAAGAAUAGUACAAAAUGGAAAUGUGGGCAAAUACUGCUCACAAGGGAGGAAGAGUCAUGUUUGGAUUUUCUCACUCAUCAUACAUCCUCUUCAAAACUGCACAAAAAGUCUUAAAAACAACUUGGAAGUUCUCCAUUUACAACUGGUGCAGUGGAGAAAUCUCACGUGCUGUGGCCCAUACCAGUUGACUGGGUGGUAUUCAUCAAUGACCUAUAGGAAUACAUAGGGUACUCUGUACUAAACGAGUACAGAUGUGUCUUGUGAUAUUUGCGAAAGCACACAGUGCUUAUUUUACUGUAGAUAUUUGACAUAGGAGAAGCAAGCAAUCUUCCUUAAUGUCUUUGACGUUAGUGACUGAAUUCUUUGGUAUGAUUGCUCAGCAAAAACGAAAAAGGACAGAAAUGGCUGUCUGCUUCAGAGCUGGAGUUGUAGCUUAUUUCAGACUGAAAGCCCACUGCUCUGUGUGCCACACUGUGGCAGCUUGCUCAUGGGGUUUGUCGAGAUGCUCAGCCUCAGUUUAAGAUCUCUCCUGACUGAUCCCUGAACUAUGAACUGUCUCAAAAAAUAACUGUCACUAGGAAAAGUAAACAGAAUUGGUUGCUCUUCAUCAAAUGUUUAUGUUUCUGAGCCAUUUGCUUUGUUACAAGGCAGGAAUUGAUCCUUUAAGCAAUGGCAAAUUAGAUCAAAGUGCCAUCAGGUGUGGUAGGGAUUGUCACCAGAUUACCAAAACUUCAUAUCAUUAUCUUCACCCUAUAUUGGGACUGCAGGUAAAUGUUUGAUACUAUUUUUUGUACUCAAGCUGCAGUGGUUACAGGGGUGAUCCUUAUUGAAAGAGCCCCAUGCUGAUAUGGAAAAUCUGGCUCCAACAUAAAAGCAUAGUGUUGAUCUCAAGCUGCUGAAUGUUUUAAUUUUGUCAGAUCAUUUCAUUAGACUUGGUCUCUGAGUCAGCCUUUUAACUAGAGAUAUGAAAUCCACUUUAGUGGAAUGACUUUCUUCGUGGGAAGUUAUUUCUAAAAAUCCUUAAAAAUCCAGAAUUUUCCAAAAUCCCAUGCUAAAGACUGUGCUAAUAGCCUAGCACAUUUCAAGGUGCUACCUGUCUGUGAAAGACUGCCUUUGUUCUUAUUUUGCUGGUGCACCUCAUUGAAAUAAUUUUUUUCAAAGUGUGUAUCUUUUUUAUUAAAAAAUGCUUCAUCCACUUGAUGAGUGAAUUGGUCCUUCAAUAAGCUGUGUGCUUAACUAAUUUCCAGUAACCCUUUCCAGUAAACCUGAUCCCAGUGAUAAUGACAUAAUGAACAGUCUGUAAAAAGCAACAUUUGCGAGCACUGCUCAACAAGACGUCUUUCAUCGUUUCAAUGAAACACUGACCUGACUGCUCAUUAUGUUCAGCACAAUUGUUGAGUUAACACAUAUCAUCCUAGAUCAUCAUUUUCUAUGGUGAAAAAAAUCGAUAAGCACAAAAACUGUACUUCGUUAUUCUACAUAGAAUGUGGGUUAUUUAAAAUGUCAUUUGUUUCAGUAUAUUUUAAUUAUGUGAUGAGUUGAUAAAGCCCCUCAGCAAGCUGUUGGGCUGUUGGAUUCUUGGAGUAACACUAUGCCUUUGCUGAGUACAACAUUCAAGUGUCCUGCUAUCAAUAACACUUGUGCCCCAAAGUUCUUAAAAUGCAUGCGUUUGCAGCAAGAUGUGCCUUGUGUUUCACCUAUUGAGAACUAAAAAUGCUGUCAAAAUGCCUCUGCAUUUUGUCUCUUCUGCACUAAACAGUUUCCUCGGAUUUCAGCUUGUGCUGCUGGAAUGGGCUGAAGUCCCAUGAUUCAAUGGUUUUUCGUUGGUUCUCUCAACUGUAUGUCCUCCGUCUGUCAGCAUCUUUAUCUUGUAAGUGACCAGCUCUUCCUGCGGACAUUUAGAAUGAGUAAAUAACCAGAACUGCCUGAUUUUCCAAAUCCUAAGCACAUAGUCUCCUUUCUUCCCGACAGCUGUCUGCAGUGAAUUGUGUGUCUAUAUAGAGAAUCUUUAUUCCCAGAUGUAUCUAUAAUAUGAUGUAUCUAAAUAUCUGCCUAUUGGUACAGCACAUACAAAUCUGAAGGAUGCGCUGGUAUUUGGCCCAGGAUAACAUUUGGAGCAAGGGUUUUGAGGCCUGCAUAAAGCCUGUGUUUAACUAAUGGCAUGUGGUCCUGCAGUUUAGUUUAGUUUAAGUUCACCAUAAAGCAAUUUAGAUGCAAUUUAAUGGUUUAGAAUAUUCUACUUUAAACAAUCCAUACACUGUCAUAGCACUAGUUUUGCAAACCAACAGUUAUUAUUUUUAAUCUGUAUAUACUUUUACAGACCUCAUUAGGGUGUACAGUACCUCAUUGACUUGGAUUAGGAGUGAUGUGUAUUGACGUUUGUCUGAUGGAUCCCAGAGCAAAAGUGGGCACGAUAUAAUUUGAUUCAUUGGACUAGUGUACAACAAAGUCUUCACAUUCAUGAGGAUUCAGUCGUAGCCAAAUUCACAUAUAACAUAUUAGUCCACUCCAUAGCCCUGCAUAAGGUAUUACAGUAUAUACAGUAGUUUGUUAGACAUAAGUAACCUUCCCUUAUAUGAUAAUUAAA